GAUUGGGACACUGGGGACUUCCAGAGGCAGCCGGCCACACACGCGUACAAACAAACACACACACACACACAUACACAGGUCAGCAGAGUGACAGGCCAAACACAGAGGGAUAACCAGAGGUUUAUCAGGGGCUGGACUGCUGACAGCUGCAAAGCUUGGGAUUCCCGGUGCAAAGAUGACGGAGCGCUAUGACUGCCACUACUGUAAGGAAUCCCUGUUCGGGAAGAAAUACGUCCUGAGAGAGGAAAACCCAUACUGUGUCAAAUGCUACGAGAGCCUGUACUCAAACACCUGUGAGGACUGCAAGAAACCCAUCGGCUGCAACACCAGGGACCUGUCCUAUAAGGACCGCCACUGGCACGAGGAGUGUUUCCAGUGCUUCCAGUGUAAACGCUCUCUGGUGGACAAGCCCUUCUCCACCAAGGAUGACCAGCUGCUCUGCACUGAGUGCUACUCCAAUGAGUACUCCUCCAAGUGCCACGAGUGCAAGAAGACCAUCAUGCCUGGCUCCAGGAAGAUGGAGCAUAAGGGUAACAGCUGGCAUGAGACCUGCUUCACCUGCCAGCGUUGCCAGCAGCCCAUCGGCACCAAGAGCUUCAUCCCCAAGGAGAACCACAACUUCUGUGUGCCCUGCUACGAGAAACAGUUUGCCAUGCAGUGUGUGCACUGCAAGAAGCCCAUCAUUACUGGCGGUGUGACCUAUCGCGACCAGCCCUGGCAUAAGGACUGCUUCCUGUGCACCGGCUGCAAGCAGCAGCUGUCUGGCCAACGCUUCACCUCCCGUGACGACUUUGCCUACUGCCUCAACUGUUUCUGCAACCUGUAUGCCAAGAAGUGUGCUUCCUGCACCACCCCAAUCAGCGGUCUGGGUGGCAGUAAGUACAUCUCGUUUGAAGAGCGCCAGUGGCACAACGACUGCUUCAACUGUAAGAAGUGCUCCGUCUCCCUGGUGGGCCGGGGUUUCCUCACCGAGCGUGACGACAUCCUGUGCCCCGAGUGUGGCAAAGACAUCUGACAUCUGGCAGGCAGCGAGUGGCCGACACGUCUGAUUGGAAAUUAACGAAACAACCAGGAAGUAACAACGACCUAUCAGAGCACAACUGAGUAUCACUGUACUGAGUUGAGGUCGGAAGUUUACAUACAUCUUAGCCAAAUACAUUUAAACUCCGUUUUUUACAAUUCCUGACAUUUAAAUCCUAGUAAAGAUUCCCUGUCUUAGGUCAGUUAGGUUCACCACUUUAUUUUAA